AUGAUAAUAAGUUUUGGACCAUUUGGAAUAUUUAUACCACAAUUUUAUUUUCUUCAAAAUCUCUUCUUUUCAUGCUGUCCGCUGGAAACAACAAUAGCUUAUACAAAAAUACUUCAACGUGCUGCUCAAAAAAAGAUUUUAUGCUCAAAAGUCUCAACUACAACAGCUUUAAUUAUUACUUUUACGUCAUUCGUAUUCGCUGCUUUAUGUACUUCGUUAGCGAUUUCCUUUCGACAAGUGUUACCGUGGUAUAAGCAUCUGUGGACAGUAAUCAGAGAGUCAUAUGAAGAAGUUAUCAUAACAAACCAUAAAAAUCACUGA